CUUCCGGGUUCCAUUGGCUUUCCACAUCUCAGCAUGGCUUCACAAAGUUACUUUUCGUUAAAGUAGCGGUUGCUGUUUUGUUUGUUUGUUUGUUUUUUUAAGAAGUAGUAAUUUGUGCAUUUCGCGCUACAGUGAACUCGAAAAUGCAUCUGCUGUUCAUUUAACCUCCAUGACAGCACUCAUAUUCAGGCUACAGGACUUUAUUUUCUUUUGUAAAACGAUAUGUUUGGAUGUAGGUGAACAAAGGCAUGAUGUUUCCAAACGUGAGUGAAGAUUACACAGAGCUGCUGUUCUGUCGCCUGAUGAUCGUUUUCUCCAUUUGGAUCUGGAAAAAGAGAUCGCUGACCCGCACCAUCAGCACUCGGCACAUCUCUGACACCGCUCCAGCCCAGUCUCCUGCCUCUCCUACUGCUGGAUUCUCUGUUGUUGUGAAUGCUGAAAAAGGCAGUAUUGUUAAUAUUCCUGCACUCAUUAACAGCACCUUCUCUGAUCACGUUGCCCUCGACGUCACAGCCAAUACUCAAGAUCUGCGUGCAGAAACUAGCACGGAAACUUUGGACUCGUCUACAGAAGUUCUGCAGACAUUUCUGGCGAGCCACAAAGCCAACAUUAAGAAGAAAAUCGAGUGCAUUUUCGAGGGCAAAAAGGACGCGAAGACUAAAACACUUCUGAAGAAGGUCUACACGCAGCUGUACAUCACCGAAGGAGAAUUCAAAGACGUUAACAAAGAGCACGAGAUUCUGAGAAUCGACAAAGCUUUCUGUGUGCAAAAAUCUCAAGACAAACCAAUCAACUGCAAUGAGAUUUUCAGCGUCCUGGGGAAGAGUGAAGAAAAUAAAGUCGUGCUCACCAAAGGAAUCGCAGGAAUCGGAAAAACGGUAUCCGUGCAGAAGUUUAUUCUCGAUUGGGCUGAAGGAGAAGCCAACCAACACAUAGACUGCAUUUUCCUGCUGCCGUUCCGAGAGAUUAAUCUGAUUAAAGAUAAAGAAUACAGUCUUCAUGAGUUACUGAUGGAAUUCUACCCUGAACUGGAAAAUCUCAGUGGAACAAAUUUGUACAGAGAUCUCAAGCUUGCGUUUGUCUUAGACGGGCUCGAUGAGAGGCGACUUCCGCUGGAGUUCAACGUGCAUAUGGUGAGAAGCGAACACAAUAAAGCAUCUGUGAAUGCUCUCAUCACAAACCUGAUUGAAGGAAACCUGCUUCCUUCUGCUCUGAUCUGGAUCACCUCUCGGCCAGCAGCAGCCAAUCAGAUCCCUUCGCAGCAUGUGAGCUUGUUUACAGAAGUGCGAGGAUUCACCGAUAAACAAAAGGAGGAGUAUUUUAAAAAGAGAUUAACGGAUGUGAAGGACGCCUCUAGAAUCAUCUCGGAGGUUAAGAAGUCUCGGAGCCUGUAUAUCAUGUGUCACAUCCCCAUCUUCUGCUGGAUCACCGCUACGGUGCUUCAGGAAAUGCUGGUGCACAAUGACGGUGAAGAAAUUCCUACCACACUGACUGAAAUGUACAUCCACUUCCUGCUUAUACAGAUGAACAUCAAGAACCAGAAGUACGACGACAAAGUGGAGCGAGAUUUGAAGAAACUGCUGGAAAUGAACAGGGAAACCAUCCUGAAACUGGCCAAGCUGGCAUUUAAACAGCUGAUGAAGGGGAACAUCAUGUUCUAUGAAGAAGACCUGAUGGAGUGUGGUAUUGAGGUCAGCAUAGAUUCAGAGUACACUGGGAUGUGUGCUGAGAUCUUCAAGAAAGAGUCUGUACUUCACGAGAAGAAGGUUUUCUGUUUCAUACAUUUGAGCGUUCAGGAGUUUCUCGCUGCACUCCAUGUUUUCGACUCCUUCCUGAACAAAAACAUGAACGAGUUGCAGGAUUUCUUCAGUGGUUCAGACCAUAUAGACCAUACAGACCAUAUAGACCCUCAGCUGGAUGUUUUACUGAAGAAGGCUGUUGCUAAAGCCAAGGGGAGCGAGAAUGGACAUUUAGAUCUCUUUCUUCGGUUCUUGUUGGGCAUUUCCCUGGAGACCAAUCAGAAGCUCCUGCAAGGCAUUCUUACACACACACAGAUAACCAAAAAGAGCAUUAGCAGAGUGAUCCAUCAUAUCAGGCAAAUGCAGAACAACCCUCCUGAUGUCUCCCCCGAGACAUCCAUCAAUCACUUCUUCUGCCUGAUGGAACUGAAAGAUCUCUCCCUGUACAACCAAAUCAGUAACUAUCUGUGUAAAGACAAGUUUCCGGAGAGAGUGUUGUCUUCAUCAAAUUGCUCAGCUCUGGCCUACUUGAUGUUAAUGUCUGGGGAAGUUUUGGAGGAACUCAACCCGAAAAAGUUCAACCCGUCCAAAACGGCCUACAGGAGACUCAUCCCUGCUGUGAGGUGCUCCAAAAAAGCUUGGCUUGCUGCUUGUGAGCUCACCGAAACGUGCUGGGAGACCGUGGCUUCAGCUCUAGAUGCAGAAAACUCGGUUCUGAGCGUGCUGGACCUGAGCGAUAAUUACAGAGUGGAGAAAGGAGCAACGUUGGUUUCUGAUGGACUGAGGAGUUCACACUGUAAACUGGAGAUACUGAGGUUAGCAGGAUGCCAUUUUUCCCAGAGCAGCUGUGCUGAACUCGCUUCAGCCCUCACAUCAAUUUCAUCUUCUCUGAGUGAACUGGACCUGAGCAACAACGACCUGCAGGACACAGGACUGGAGCUGCUCUUUGUUCAGCCGGAAUAUUUAUACUGUAAACUCCACAUUCUGAGGCUGAGCUGGUGUAACCUCACGGAGAAGAGCUGCUCAUUUCUCUCCUCCGUUCUCCACACUUUAAGAGAGUUGGACCUGAGUAACAAUGACCUGCAGGAUUCAGGAGUGAAGAUCAUCUCUGAAGGACUCCGCGACGAACAGUGCAAACUACAGAUACUGAGGUUGUCCGGUUGUUUAGUGACAGAAGAAGGAUUUUCUUCACUGGCGUCUGCUCUGAGUUCAAACUCCUCGUCGGUCCUGAGAGACCUCGAUCUGAGCUACAAUAAUCCAGGAGAUGGAGGAGAAAAGCUGCUCUCUGAUCUCCUGAAGAAUCCCAGCUGCAAACUGGAGACACUCGAGACGGAACCAAAAAGUGAACGAUUUAUCAAAGCGGGGAUCAGAAAGUACGCCUGUGAGCUCACGUUCAACCCAAACACGGCCAACAAUCGUCUGUGUCUGUCGAACAGGACGGUCUCAUACACGAUGGAAACCCAGCAGUACCCAGAUCACCCGGACAGAUUUCAGGUGUAUCGGCAGGUUCUCUGUAACGAGAGUCUGAGUCAACGCUGUUACUGGGAAGUCUGGUUGGAAGGCUCUUCACCCAUAAUUGGCAUCACGUAUCCUGAUAUUCAGAGGAAAGAGGAAGGCCUGCAGCUGUUGAACUCUCGCAUAAAGCUUGGGUCAAACCCGGUCUCCUGGGUGCUCUGGUGUGGAACCAACAACUUCUACAUCGUCAGGCACAAUUCAGACGACAGAACCAUAGACAUGCCAAGGUCUAACAGGAUAGGUGUGUAUCUGGACUGGCCUGCUGGAAGAUUGUCCUUUUACAGCGUCUCGCCAGAUACACACACACUUACACACAUACACACAUUCUGCACAGUGUUUGAGAAGCCGGUGCAUCCGGGGUUCAGCGUGGAAAGCGGCUCUCUGACUUUGUGCCAGCUGGAUUAAAUGGCCAAAAUAAAUGAGUGAAAUGCUUAAAAGUAAAAUAUUAUAAUUUUAAUGUGUAUCUGAUCUUUUAUAAAAGUCUGGAAUCAGUGCUCUCCAUGAAUCAAAAUCAGUCUAGUCGAACAUUUUAUACAAUUUUUAAAAGAGCUGUGAUAUGGUGAUAGCAGUGUAGUUUUAUAGGGUUCACAUCAGUUGUAGAAAUCUGAAAAAAGUUUUGAUCUGUCACACUUAAAAAAAAACAUUAAAAACAACAAACUCACACUCAUCGAAACUGGAGAGCUGAGGAUCGGGAAAAGACCAGGCGAUGUUUUUCCUAUCAUCAACAAUCCUGUUUCGGUGAUCCUGUGCCUUAGUGUUACCUCAGUUUCCUGUUCUUGGAUGACAGGAUGUGAUGUCAUCUUCUGCUGUUGAAGCUCGUCUACCUCGAUGUCCAGUGUUUUGCGUGUUCUGAGAUACUUUCCACAACUUUUUCUGUCCAGCACUGUUGUAAAGAGUGGUUAUUUGAGUCACUCUAGCCUUCCUGUCAGUUUGAACCAGUCUGAUCUUUCUCCACUGACCGUUCUCAACAACAACAUUCUAUAUAAACUGUAGAGACUGUGGUGUUGGAAACAGCCCAGAUUCUGAACUACUCAGAACAGCCUAUCUGGCACCAACAACCAGGACACUCUCAGUUAUUUAGAUGACAUUUUUCCCUAUUGACCUUUAUUGUAUGCGUUGUGCUGCUGCCACAUGAUUGGAUGAUUGGAUAAGUGCAUGUAUGUAGGUGUUCCUAAUAAAGUGGCUGGUGAUGUAAAUGUAGCAAAAGUAACUUUAAUAAGAAUUUAAUGUAAACCAGUGUUCAUCAACUGGUGAGUUGCCACCCAAAAGUGGCAAGAUAGAUAGAUAGAUAGAUAGAUAGAUAGAUAGAUAGAUAGAUAGAUAGAUAGAUAGAUAUUGUUUUAUUUGUCAGUCUAGGUAAAUUGCACUUACUCAGGAUUAUGUUCGUGCAGCUAUAAAACGGCCCAUUUUCAUAUCAAUAUCAUCAAUAAUUAAUUUUGCACUCCAGUAUAAGCAUUUAGUUUAUUAAACUUGAUAUUUUCUUUUAACAACACAAUAAUGUAUGCUGUUUUAUAACCUGUUCUAAGGUGGUAAAUUAUUAUUUUCCAACUUUA